UCCCUGUCGUUUGUAGCUCGUUGAGAUGUCAAGUGAAAUAGCAUGCCAGCCAAUUUAAUUGGGAUUUAGCUAGCUUAAUAUAUUUGUUGCCACAUCAUAUUUUAUGUAUAACAUAAGGAGACACAUCUGUUAACUUGGAUGACAGUCUUGGUGUCUCAUCCAUUAUGUCCUCGGAUGACCAUCUUGCACAGAGGGAGAAACUCGAACGCCAAAUUCUGGCGCUCGAGCGCACCCUUGGUCCCGAAAGCAACUCAAUUGAACUAUCUUCAGACAGUUGUUCAUCUGAUGAUGGAUCAGACGACAAUGCAUCUCAACCAGAAGAUUUGGGUCCUCCGGGGAACCUGGAGGCAGAGCGGGAGCGAAUACAGAGAGAGAUUGAAGAGUUGGAGCGCACUCUUGGCCCAGGUGCAUCUAAUGCUGAGAUUCUGUCAGAUGAGGAUUGCCAAGGAAGUGAAACAGAAUCGAGCAAAGAGGACAGUGCUGAGGAGCUGGACCUACCCCAGAACGCAGAUACAUGUCUGCAAAUGAACCUUGUUUAUCAGGAAGUGUUGAAAGAGAAAUUAGAGGAGCUGGAGCGACUAUUAUCAGACAAUCAACAGCAACAAAAAGAGAUUAUGACUCAGCUGUCUGGCACAGGAACUCCCCAGGCUACCACAUCUGGACAACCCACACUGAAGCUUUUCUUGGGGAGCUUUCUGAAGCCCUAUUUCAGAGAUAAAGUCACAUGUCUGGGCCCACCUGCUAAUCCAGAAGCCAGGGAGAAGAUGAGUAAAAGGAUCAGACCUACUGACAACGUCAAGAUGAAAAGAUGGGAAGGGUGGCAGAAGACUCUGCUGAUAAAUGCUGUCAUCAAAGACAGCAGGAAACGCAUGAUACAGCCCAAGCUGUCCAAGGUAGAAUACCUUACACAGAAAAUGGUCAAAGCUGAAAACGUGGAAAAGCAAAUCCUGCGGAAACAAAUCACUGAAAUUGAAAAGGACAUUGAGGCCAUCAGUGCAUUGAAGGAGGAUGAGCUGCUGGCUGGCCGCUAUGAUGACCAUGACUGGCAAAAGAUUUCCAAUAUUGAUUUUGAAGGCAUCCGUGAAGCUGAGGACAUAAAAAGCUUUUGGCAGAACUACCUGCAUCCCUCCAUUAACAAAGCCAGUUGGAAGGAAGACGAAAUUGAGAUGCUCAAGAAAGUCGCUGUAAAAUAUGGACACCACAACUGGGAUCAGAUUGCUGAUAAACUUGGGACCAACAGGACAGCCUUCAUGUGUCUCCAGACGUACCAGCGCUACAUCUGCACCGACUUCAGGAGGAGGAAGUGGGGCGGCGUGGAGGACGAGAUCCUCAGAGAGCUGGUUGAGAAGAUGCGUAUCGGGAACUACAUUCCUUACACCCAGAUCUCCUAUUUCAUGGAGGGCCGGGAUUCAUGCCAGCUGAUGUAUCGGUGGACUCAGGUUCUGGACCCCACCCUCAAAAAAGGCUAUUGGUCUAAAGAAGAAGAUGAGAUGCUACUGAGAGCAGUGGCUAAAUACGGGGUGGGGAACUGGUGGAAAAUCCGUCAGGAUGUGCCUGGCAGAAAUGAUGGCCAGUGUAGGGACAGGUAUGUGGACGUCCUGAUUGGGAACGUGAAGAAGGGGCCCUUUGACGAGAAGGAAAAGGCACAGCUCAGACGAUUGGUGGAGAAAUAUGGACGUAAAUGGUCUAAGAUAGCUGCCGAGAUCCCCAACAGAAUUGACUGCCAGGUCCUUCAACAGUGGAGGCGAAUGACAGGGUACAAGCCCAGACCUCAGAGGGACAAAAGGAAAAGAGCAUUGCAGAGAAGGAGAAAGACAGCGGCUGUGAGGAGCAUCAAGAGUAGGCUGAUGAGGCUAGACGAUGAUGUGCACUCGAGCUCCGAUGAGGAGGAGAACGUUGAGAUGGAGUUUAUGGACAGUGACGACGAGAAGAAACAGCAGAAGUUCUUUGAUCUGUCUGAUCAGGAAAGUGACAUUAUCGAAGACUACACCCAACCAGACAUAGAGCAAUGGAUCCCCAUGCCAGAGAAGGAGUUUGAAGGGCUGGGGAAGGUGAGGAGCAUGAUGGUUGAACGGCCCAGCAAGAAUACAAUGCAAGAGCAGGCAGCGACGGACAGCCAGGCCGCAGCACGCAAGUUCACAAUGGUACGCUCCACCAUCCUGGACCGCUUUGGCAAGCCUGCUGCCACUGUCAUUGGACAAAACCCCCCAAUCCUAGCAAAGAAGGAUUAUAACAGUGACCUGGCCAUGCUCAAGGUGUGCUACGGAGAGGUGAGAAACAUAAUCGCUUGGAAGAAAACCAAUGCCACAAAACACCCCAUGUAUUUGUCUCUGCAGAAAAACAGUGGGUCUAUGAGCGGUGACCAGGGGACGCCCCACAAUUCCUCAAGGCAAAAGGACUCCUCUGCCAAAAGUGAAACCUGCACCACUCUUAACUAUUCCCUUCAGUUGGCAGUCACUCCCUGGGUGGGCAAUGUGCUUAUACCGCCACCACUCUUUUCAAACAAGCGCCGUGAAGCGGACAUGGUGCGAGAGAGAGCAGAGAGCAUUGGACUCACCAAUACCCCAGUGUUCUUGUUCUUUCUGCAGGUCCUCCGUGUAGAUGCAGAAGGCUGUAAGCAGAUAAUUAAAAUGCGUAACAAACAAGCUGUACUCAUGGGACACAAAUCUUGGGAAGCGAAUCAGGCUUCAUUGAAAAAACCAAAGCUACGCCAUGGUCCCAGAACAGUGGCCAGUAUGCUGAACCAGAAGGGAAAGGAGCAGCAGAACAGUCAGCAGCAGAACAGUCAACUUGUGAUGAUGAUUCCUCAGACCUUUGUCAUUGCACAGCCUGUAGUACAGUCCAUCCCACAUCCUGCGGUCCCCUCCACUCCAACUUCCAGACAACAACUCAUGCCUUCCACACUUACCCAACUUGGACCCUCUACCCCCAUCCUACCCAUACCCUUCACACCUGGUCAACCUGUACCCUCUACCCCCAGCCGACCUAUACCCUCCACACCUGGUCAACCUGUACCCUCUACCCCCAGCCGACCUAUACCCUCCACACCUGGUCAACCUGUACCCUCUACCCCCAGCCGACCUAUACCCUCCACACCUGGUCAACCUGUACCCUCUACCCCCAUCCUAACCAUACCCUCCACACCUGGUCAACCUGUACCCUCUAUCCCCAGCCGACCUAUACCCUCCACACCUGGUCAACCUGUACCCUCUACCCCCAUCCUACCCAUACCCUCCACACCUGGUCAACCUGUACCCUCUACCCCCAGCCGACCUAUACCCUCCACACCUGGUCAACCUGUACCCUCUACCCCCAGCCGACCUAUACUCCCUGCUCCCAUCCAAUCCUCAACUACAAUAGACAGGGUGAAUGAGGAGGCAAAUGAGAAUCAUUCAGGAAAAAAACGCAUUCGCAAACCUACUGAGAAAGCACAGGCCCUCAAGGAGGCCAAGAAUGCUGCAAUUGCUAAAAAGUCAGUGGAAGAGUCGCCCAAACGCAAGAAAGCCCGUACGCGAAGUCCUCCCAAAGAGAGCAUAGUUGUCCAACCUUCUAACGUGGUUCUGUCCCCUCCACAAACUGCCUGGGUCCUGACGCCCAUUGGACUUGUGCCAAUCAGUGGCAUUGGCAUCCAGAUGACACCUCGGAAUCUACCAGCAAAUGCUUUUGCACCUGCUUGUCCAUCUAUUAUUAUCAACCAGCAAGUACCUCUAACACUAAAUGCUGCUGCAGCACAGGCCUCUCCCAAUAUGACCUAUGUCUGCCCAUGUCCCUCUACCCCUGAAGACCCAUCUGCCCUCAUGGUAUCUCCUGCCUCAUCCAUAGGACAGGGAACUGCCUCCCCAUCUGUGUUAACCUCUCUCUCCACCUCCACUACCUUCAGCAACACUGCUCCAAGACUGACCAACCCAGUGAACAGCGUGAGAAUAACUAACCCAGUCAUGCAGACUGUGGCAACCGCUGGUCCUCAGCUCAAUGCAGUUUCACCUGUUCUCUCUGUUCGCAUGAACACUGUCAUCUCGGCUCCCAUUAGACCACAGACUGGACCUCCGCAGGCUUUAGUCCUCAACGUCCCUCCAAGCUCCCUUCCAGCCUCAUUCCCACAGAGGGGAGCCCUCCGAAUCGUGCAGCUUAACCCCCCUAAACGUGUCCCUCCACCCCGCAAUCCGGAGCUAAUACAGUUUGAUCCCAACCUGAUGUUCAUGGAGGACCCGGCACAAGUGAGAGAGUGGUUGAGCGGCAAGCGAGGAGUUGCGCUUCCGGAUUUGGAUGUCACUCUGCCCUACCUACCCCCCUUUGUCAGUAGCCUUAAUACCCUGUCGGGCCUCCUGAAAUGUAAAACGACUUUGGCAAUUAGUGCAAUGCUGGUCCUGCCUCCAGAGGAGAAAGAGAACCAGGAAGAGCAGCAGCAGGUAGCUGCAGUGCGGAGAUUUGUAGCAGAGCGCUUCAGCCAUAACCCAGGCUAUCUGCUCCUGAAGGCUCGCUUCUUGUCCUGUUUCACCAUGCCUGCUCUUCUGGCUACUAUCAAUCCAGUCAAACUCUCCAAGUCCCCCACGCCGGACCACAGUGAUGUGGAGGAGGAACCUUUCAGAAACCGUCCAGGGGAGCAGACAGAUACUGGGUAUGAACAGCCAACAACACUCCAGGCCCCUCUGCUAAGCACUGACGGAACAGGACCUCCUGCCACCUUCUUCUCUGGAAUCACCACAAGAAAUAAAAGCCGCUACCUCAACACGGACACAGAGUAAAUGGAAUCGUUUUGGAAUGACGUGUGGUCUUACGGGUUAACCAGGUUUUAUGUUUGAAAGUUCUUUCCAAUUUUGUUGUGAUAUCACUGUCAUAGAAAGCGAUGUUACUGGAAUUGAUAGAGGAUAGCAGUGGAUAGCUGUAUUCUAAGAUGUCACUCAAUACAGAAUAGUUCAGAAGAAUUUUAAGCUGUUGAAAUUGAACUAAAGCAGCCUUUUCUUAGUCAAGAUCACUUUGAGUCAAAAUGCAAGCUGAGAUCUACCACUCAGAUAAAAAAAUAAAUACAUGACUUAAAA